AUGAUGGGGGAGCCCAGGGCGUCGAAGAUGGUGAGGAAGCCCGAGACGGCGGCGGAGAAGGUUUCGAUGCGGAUGUCGCCUUUAUGGAAGGACCAGGUUUCGUGCUCGUCGGAUUCAGUGCGGGCUUCGUUGAACUUGAGGUUGAUCGGGGAGAAGGGCGUUUCCAUGGUGGAGAGCAUAUCGCCGGAGACGGAAAAUUCGGCGGGCGUGCUCGUGGAGCUGGAAGAGUUGGCAGUGGGGGAGGUGAGGGUGGUAGUGGUUAUCGCGGCACUGGACAUCGUAGCGAGGGGUGAAGAUAAGCGAAACAAGCGCAGAUGGGUGCAGGGGGUGGGGGGUGGGAGGAGCCCGUGCGGGAGAUAA